AGAAACUGCGGAUGUACGGAAGGUACUCGGCGAAGCACCGUUGCGUGAACUCCGGAAGGUCACACUUGCGCAGGCUGUGGUGCAGUGUGUUUUCUUUUGUCAGAAUUAAUGAUGUAUGAUUACAAAUAGAUGUCGGUUUUGCAGUAAUAUAGGUUUUGCAGAAAUAGUAAUUUGUGUAUUUGAAAGCGAUGGCGAACCUGUCCAAUUACGGCAUGCGCAUGGCUCGCCUGAGCGCACGCAUAUUUGGGGAGGUGGCGCGGCCCACGGACACCAAGUCCAUGAAGGUGGUGCGGAUAUUUGAGGAGACCCCCUUGGCCAAGAGGAAGGAGGUGUACGACUGGUACCCCCUGCAUAAGGUGUACUUCGCCCUGACCCAGAAACUCCGCUACAUGGGCCUCUUCAGGGAUGAACACGAGGACUUUAAGGACGAGAUGCGCCGGUUGCGGAGGCUCCGGGGGAAGGGCCCCCCGAAGAAGGGAGAGGGGAAGAGAGCGGCCAAGAGGAAGUAGCUUCACCCCAGUGUGCAGGCCUGCUGGUCACCCCCGUGUGCAGGCUGCUGGUCACCCCCGUGUGCAGGCUGCUGGUCACCCCCGUGUGCAGGCUGCUGGUCACCCUCGUGUGCAGGCUGCUGGUCACCCCCGUGUCUGUCACAUGAAUCCUGGACUAAUUUGACAUGCAGCAAGAUGACCUCAUUCAUGCUGUCUGAAUAAUAAAGAUGAAGUCAGACCCUGGUUACUGUUACAGCUGUGGACUGGACAUCUGAAUAAAUUCUUUUUUGGUUUAAAUAA